AUGGAAGACGCGCCGACGACUUCUCAAAGUGCCGUUGACUCCGAGAAGAUAACGAAGAGUGAGACGAACAAACAACAACGUCUUAUCACUGGUACGAUCUUUUCGUUUACGGCUCUCUUCCUUCUCUACCUUGGACCAAUUACUUUUCAUAUCUUAGAAGCCCCUCUGAGCUUUUUGAUGUUCCACGAGUUGUUAACUGUCUUCAAGGCGACAAAGGAAGAGCGGGUCCUUUCAAUCGUUCUUUUUGUUGUUCACAACAUCAUGUUAAUGAUCAACUUCAAUGUGACUGCUGAGUCAUUUCCGCUUCUCGCCUUUUUGGUUUAUGGAGUCUACUCGUUGUACUCCCACGACGUCAUACAAGCAAUGAAAUUAUACUUCGCUGCUAUUUGGGCCAUACAAACACUCUCAUACUCAAUUGGUCUUAUACAAGUCACAGGAAACACCUUCUCGACUAUUUAUAUCAUCUUCUUGGCUUGCGCCAAUGACUCCUUCCAAUGGGUCUUUGGAAGAGCAUUUGGAAAGCACCACCCAUUCCCUUAUUUAUCGCCAAACAAGUCGCUCGAAGGGUAUUUGGGCGGUCUCUUCAUGUUGAUGGUGAUUGGGGUACUAGCCCAAGACAAUUUGAUAUUUGUGUUCUUAGUGUUCAUGACUGGGAACAUCGGAGAUUUGAUCGCAAGCUGCUUGAAACGACAGUUGGCCGUCAAAGAUUAUGGAAGUAUUUUGCCAGGUAUGGGAGGGAUGCUUGAUCGCUUGGACUCCGUGACAUUAGUAGUUGGAGUUGCGUACUUCUGGUAUCGGUCCUUUGGAUUCCACCCGGGUUUCAUCAUGAAAUGCCUUUUGCAUUACUUCUAUUUCACUGAUGACAAAUGCUUUUAA